AUGAAUGCUCGAGUGUUCUUCAUUGUGUUUUUUAUCUCGUUAUCUGGCAAGGCGCAUCCAUUUUGUGGUAGGCCACGGUAUUUUUAAUUUAGUACAUUAAUUGUUUAUCAAAUUAAUCGAGUCGAACGGGAAAUGGGGUACUGUAGUUUCUAUACUUUGUAGACUGUAUAAAAUCUUCCGAAUGACAAUGAUUCAUGAAAAAUAUUGGCCCGGGCAAUACUGAUAUCUGUGAAGAGGAAUCAUCCGUUUGACAGAUCAUACACAACUUAAUAAAGGCUGGUUUAGUUGCAUGGUUUACACGUCUAUAAAAGUUUCUGUGAUGAUAGUAGGAAUUUUGCAUAUAGGUAUAAAUUCUAUGUUUUGACGGAUGUGUAAGAAAGGUUGGGGGGAACUGAGUCAGUGUUAAUAAUUAAACAGUGACAUGGCCAAUUGCCACAGAAUAAAGAUCAGUACCAGAAGGGCCACUCAGCGGUGCAACGUGUCGCCAUUUUUCUAUGCAAAAACAUGCAGUUGACUGGCCAGAAGGCGGGGCCUUCAGCCAAUACAGCGCGUUUAUUGGCCAGAAAAUGUAAUCGACUGGCUAGGAAGAUGGCGGCCAGGCCCUUCUGUGUGCCUUAUUCUGUGCAGUUGCCUCAAACAUUUCUUACAAUUUCUUACAAGUUCUUACAAUUUCUUCAAUUCCCUUCAAACUUAAGCCUGGCGCACACGAUGCGAUUUUAGUCGGCCGAUAAAAAUCGUUUGACUAAAACUAACAAAAUCGUUGUGUGCCGUGCGGUGUAAUUUUUAACCGAUUUUUGUUGCUCGAUUUUAAUCGGACAACAUCAAAACGUUUUGAUAUUAUACGAUUUUUAUCGGUGGAAUUUUAAGUAUAACCAAUCAGAUUUCAUGCUGUGAUCACGUGCUUGUAUUUAUUUGGCAACAUGGCAGCUACAGUUCAAUCGUGUGCGGAGUAUAUACCGAUGUAUAUCGGUAUGUCAAACGAUUUUUAUCGGCCGACUAAAAUCGCAUCGUGUGCGCCAGGCUUAAGAAUUUGCUUGUGCAACAACCAUAGAUAUCUUAUGAUAGACUAGAUAGCGCAUCUCUAUUAGUAAAAUUGAAGACAAGAAUAUUCCAGCGGUUACCCCCAUUUGAAUAGAUGGCGACCAUGUUGGUGUUUCCCACUCGCUAAUAAACGCUUAAAAAACAACAAUAACUUUCGUCAUCUGAAUAGUUUAAAAAUGUGUUUGGAAUAGGUUUACCUUAAUAUUUAAGUUCCGUGUUUAAGAAAUAGAAAACAUACGAAUCUUCUCAUUUCAUGGGAAUAUCCUGAGUCUGCAUUCACGGCUUCAAUUUUUGAAUUGUAGAAUAAUUAGAUGCAGUAUCUAGUGUAUAUAAGAUAUCUAUGCCCUGCAUGCGAUUCCGGUACAGUGCUCUAACACAGAGUAUAUUAUAGUCUCUCCUCUGUGGCUCCAUUAAACCAUGCAACUGAGCUACAGCUAGAGACCAAUUAUCGAGCUCUAACCAUGCACAAGUUCAUGUAUACUAAGGUACUGCCACAGAAUAAAGACAUACAGAAGUGUAACUUCCAUUACAAAACCGUAGGGCGCUUUUUUACCGAAAUAGCUGGCGGCCAUGUUCUUAGCAAGUGCCCUAAAGAAAGGCAUUCACCCCCCUGGAAUAUUAAAUUUUCAAUAUGUUUUCAGGGGGGUGACUGCCUCUCUUUCGGGCACUUGCUAAGAACAUGGCGGACUGAAAAAAUCCCUUACGCACUUUUAAUAAGAAGAUACACUUCUGUAUGUCUUUAUUCUGUGGUACUGCCAUGCAUGUAUACGUUAUGUUAUAUGUAUAGAUACAGUUUAUCCUGAGCGACCAUUCACUGCCAUAUUUACAUGUAAAUGAUAUAAAAACUGGUAUAAAGCUAGUGGACUAUAUAUAAACAUAGUUUAUAUUGGAUUUAUUAUUUUUAGAAAAGUCAACCGAAGGUCUACAUGCCGACCUAACUCGGGCAGUUGUCCGUUCCUCUGACUGGAUGAAGCAAUUCUACGCGGAAAAAACUACAAAACUACGGCCGUACCGGGCUGCCUCAAUGUUUGCGACUCUCAGAAUUGCUGGCCACUAUCCUAGCACACUGCUGACCGACUUCAAAGACGGACAGGGCAACUCCAUCGACGAAACCCUAAAAAACAAACUGAACACCGUGCAAAAUCUAUCAAGCAUCGCCACUCCCGAACUGGGCCUCAUUAUUCAAGGAGUGAUAUCAAUUUGUAAGGACCCUAAAGACUUCCAUGGAUAUAACCUAAUAAAACCUCUUUUGGCCGGCUUUCCUAAAUACAAGACGUAUUCAAGUUUCAACAAUUAUUUCGGCUAUAGUUUGGCUGUAAUUGCCCUCUGCAAUGCAGGCAAUAAGGUCCCGAAUUUUGUCAUCAAAGAAUUAAUUAAAGGUGCAAACAGAAAAGUCAGCUAUCAUUCGGUUGAUAUUGACGCAUUGAUUUCAACCGCUUUGUCUUGUGUGUCAACCUCAAAUAGAUCCCUGCAACGCAAAGUGGAUCGGGCCAUAGGGAAACUUAUUGAAAGCAUGAUCUCAAAGCAAAAUACAACAACUGGAGCGUUUGGAAAUCAGUAUACAACAGCACUAGCUGUCGAGGUAAAUAUAUAUAUCGAGGAAAACCUAGGAGCUUAAACUAUUGUUCCAACAGCCAUACAGGUUUCAAAAAAGCUGGGCAAACCAGAAAACAUUGCUUUUUAGCCAUGUUUAUACCAAAGAAAGGUGGGCAAACAGGGCAUAUUGUUUCCCAUAUAUGCAGACAUGUUUUCCAAACCAAACAUUGUUUCCUAGACUGUUUUCGAAAAAAACCCAUUUGUUUCCCAGCCAUGUUUCCUAAAGGUGGGCAAACAAAAAACAUUGUUUUCUAAAGGUGGGCAAACCUAGCCAUAUUUUUGAAAGGAAACACUAUUUCAUGUCCAUGUUUCAUAGAAAUGUGAAAACAUGGAGACUCGUUUUCUGGCCAUGCUUUCCGAAGGUGGACAAACCAGGAAACAUCGAUCGUUUCUGCAACAAAAAGUAACACUUGGGAACAACAAAAUGUCUGGAAAUUGUUGCCAGGUUACAGAGUACAACGAAAAGAUUGUUGUCUUGAGUGGAUCGAUUCGAACUCGCAUUUUAGGAUUUCUAAACCGCCGCUCUAUUAAUCAUUAAGCCAUCAAGGAUUGAUAAGAAUCUAGUAAUUUAGUGCUUUAUCUCUGCAGUGUCAGAUUAAAUAUGAAAAAAAAAACUAUUAAAAAAAAUAUAUGAAAAAAUAAAAUAAAAUAUAAAGAAAAAUAAAAAAAUAUAUAUAUAUUAAAAAAUAAAAUAAAAUAUUAAAAAAUAUAAAUAUUGGUAAGCAUUUCAACAGCACUUAAUGUGCCGCUAUAUAAAGGAUUGGAGUUGUUGAAAGAAUGAUUUCUUUCUUAUUCCAGGCCUUGCAAGCAGCUCGUAUCCACACAGACGGCUAUUCUUGUGACAAAGCAAUGAGAAAUAUUCUCACAUAUCAAGAUGACGAAGGGUCUUUUGGUUCAAUUCUGGCAAAUAUUCAAAUCACUCCUGCCCUCCUGGGAGAAUCGUUAAUCAGUUUGAAAAGAUACGCUUGUCCCGUAGGUAAGAAAGGUUAACAAAGUUACUGAUUUUUCAAAUCCAAUUCUUAUUUCUACAAUUACAAAGAAAACAUCCUACCCAAAGAGAAUGAAACUAUUUGAAUCAAAGUAUACAAAUUAAGGUCGUUAGCUGUUCUUAAGAAUCAAUGACAAAAAGUAAGUACAUUUCACACAGAACUGAUAGAGCUAGCCAGUAUCGAAGCUGGUUUAGUUCAUUUAACUUAGUUUGUUUAUUUUAUUUUUAUUAGUGCCAUCACCCACACCUCCUCCUCAGGUGAGAAAUUACUUUGCACUUUUGUAGUAGUUUUUUCAUUUUCAAAAUUCAGCCGUGUGAAACGGUGGUUUUGCAAGGUUGUUUUCUAAUCAUGUUCCCCAAAGGUGGACAAACCAGAAAACAUAUUGCUUCAAAGCCAUAUUUUCCCAAACGUAAGCAAACCAAGAAACAGUGUUUCCUAGUCAUGUUUCCCCCAUGUCUCCAAAAAUAUACGACAAUAUGUUUCAUCCAGGAUUGUAGAUUGUAUAUCGGACUUCCUGUUUAUAAAAUAAAUCUUCUUUUUUCCAGAUAAUCACAGUCCGUGUGCAGCUCGUUUUCAACGUGACCGACAUGAGAAGAACGGAACCUCCUGUGUCCGUGAGCGUACUAGAAGGAACAACAGCCUAUUCCAUUUUGGUCAUGGCCGGAAAACAAAACUCCUGUUACACAGCUACAUAUAAAAAGUACUCAUUCGGCCGUUCGGUGACAAGUAUUUGUGGUGUUGCUAAGGAUUCGUCGAAAAAUUACUAUUGGUUGAUUUACGUUAACGAAAAGUCUGCCAAAUAUGGCGUCGACGGAUUGAAGCCGAAGGAUGGCGACCUCAUUACAUUUAAAUACGAAAAGUUGACUUUUAAAUAGCUAAAGUACAAUUAUAAACAAGCAAUCCAAGUGUAAUAGUAGUAAAGUAAUGCAAAUGGGACAAAAUUAAUAACAUGAUGUAAUAUCUGGGCUAAAUGAGUUGAGAUUAAUUUCAAAUACAAAAAGUUCAUCUUUUAAUGGUUAAAACUGCAUUUAUAACAGUUGAACUGUUACUUAAUUUUUUACAGAUCAUAUACAUGAUAUUUGCUGUGUUGGUGUAAUGUACUCAGGUGAAUAAGAUGCUUGUGAUGUUACUCUGAGUGUACAUAUAUCCACACCGGGCAGGCCUGAAAAAUAUGCCUGGCCACGGUGGGAAACGAACCUACGACCUUUGGAAUACUAGCCCAAUGCUCUGCCAACUGAGCUGCGCGGUCAUGUCGGUUCGAGUAUGCGAUAUUUCGGAACUAAGUCUAGUUCCUUCGAUAUCAGUGCAAUCUAAUAAUCAUGAUAUUUGCUGUGUUGGUGUAAUGUACUCAGGUGGAUAAGAUGCUUGUGAUGUUACUCUGAGUGUAUAUCCACACCGGGCAGGCCUGAAACUGAUAUGCCUGGCCACGGUGGGAAUCGAACCUACGACCUUUGGAAUACUAGCUCAAUGCUCUGCCAACUGAGCUACGUGGUCAUGUCGGUUCGAGUAUGCGAUAUAGAUCAUAUAUACACUCUAAAAAUACCUGCAUGGGGUAAAAUGUAUUUGUUAACCUAAAAUUAACACGCAACUAAUGUUUCUGGUUAAAUUUCCUGAUUAAAUUGACUACAGUUCUGGUUAUAACUUGAUCACUAUCAGGGACGCCGGAACGAUAAAAAGGCAAAGGGGGGCAAACGCACACCAAAGGGGCACCUCUAUAGAUCCCGGUGAAGAUAUAAACCUACAAUAAUAUGUUGACUUGCCAAUGAAAGCAAACGCACUUAAUGAGGUCACAUUCAAGAUCACACUUCAUGAUUUUGCCCAAAAAGCAUCACUGGAAAUGUGAUUUGUCAGGUAGUAUUUUAGUUUUUUACAACUCAAAGGGCACUCCCCCCCCCCAGUCCCGGCGUCCCUGAUCACUAUCGUGGCCAAUUUAACCAGGAUUCCUGGCAAGCCUGAAAUAAAUCUCCAACGGUGCCUGACAAAGUGUCAGGUACCAACUGAUUGGUGCCUGACACUGGGCAUUUUGUGCCUGACAAAAAAUAUUAAAGCAAUAGAGUAAAUAUAGUUUUUAGUGGUCCUUGAAAUAAAGAAGCAAAGGAAAAGCUUAGCCACAACAUUAAGCCACUAGUCAAUUAUAUCAUACGGAAUCGAACAAUCAUAAAUUUCACAGCAUUUUCACAGGCAUAUUGUUUUGAUAUUCAUACGCUACAAAAUUUGGACAUUCACAUAAUUUUUCAGCAAUAGUUGUAUCAUAAUAUGCUGCCGGACAAACUGUCGGGCAAAAAAAUCCAGUUGUGCCAGAGAAUUACCUUUUCGUACCGGACAAUGUCCGUGACCGGCCGCUUAUUUUUAGGCUUGAUUCCUGGUUAAUUUAAGCAGGCUACAUGCUGUAUGGUUGAAUUAACCAGACUAUGUUAGGUGGAUUAUUAGCCAGGAAUCCUGGUUAAAUUAUAGCCAGGACUACGAUCAAAUGAAAUUCAACCGGGAACAUUAAGUUACUGAGUUACCCAAACGGUGUUAAUAGUUUGGGUUGCCCAGGAAAUUUUUAACCAUGGUGUUUUUACAGUGAAUGGUGUUUACUGGGUUAAGUGGUGAUUAAAGUCAAGCAGUUAAAUGACCAUGUCAUUUUAUGGUGUUCUUUGCGGCAGCCGUGGUCUUGAAAUAUCAUUUCGUCCUCUGUGUGAGCCUAUAAUUGGAAACACCAUUGCAAGAACAUCUGGGAAUCUUAAAUGCUUCCCUAUAUAUACCCUCCAAAUGAUCAUGAUUGUUUCAGAAACAUCAUUUUCAAUCAGGAAAGCCAACAGCCUCGACAUAUUUAGAUAUCACAAGUGCUAUUAUUUGUUUCGCGCAAUACGCGUACGUAUUUCUAUAUGUAUUUUUCUCUUUUCUUUUAAUACUAUAAUUUAGGCUGAGUGCAGGCUGCAUGGUGAUAAAGUCAGUAUGGGCUUUACCAUCUUAGACACUUUCUUAAUUCUUGCCAACUAUAAAUGUUUUUUACAACACCAACAUAUAGGCGCACGAGAGGGAAAACAACUCGCAGAUUUCUUGCGUUUCCACUAUUGUAAUACGCGUCGCGCUUUCCUUUCAUUAUUUGCCUGAUUUUAAAGCAUAAUCUGUCAGACUUAAAAUGAUUGGAGUUGCAGCAGCCCCCCAGCUCCCCCUCUCCUGUGCGGCUGUGCCUAUAAAUACAGGUCUAAGUGCAUGGACGAGAGCUUGCUUGAGUGAUGAUUUGAAUAAAAUCUUGAACAGAAACUUGGUGGUUUCGAGUUUCGUUACAUUCUAAAUGACCUUCACUGGGCUUCAAACCAAUACAGGGAACUUACAGAAAUAUCAACACUGCAAGGACAUCUGGAUUAAUCUUCACCAAAUCUAGGAUUCGCCCAGGCAGAGAAUAUUUACCAAUUUAAAGAUAAUUGCGCAGACCACGGCAGGUGGAUCAUAUUGCAAAGUGACAUCAGUGAUGGUGAACGCGAAUUCUCAAACUUGCUGAUGAACAAAAUCAUGAAUGAACAAUUAUUUUCUGGCGUGAUUGUAAUAUGCUUGAUUCUAUUUUCUGGCAAAGUAACUUCGUUUUGUGGUAAGCAUUUAACUUGAGACAGUCAUAGAAGGUAGUUAACUAUUUCGUGUAGUUAAAUAAUAGUUAAAUGACUUAAAUCUAAAAUACACGAUAUUUUAUCAUUUAUUGGUUCACUUUCGCAAUAACUGUGGUUAACUUUACUUUUUUUACUUUGUUUUGAUUCUAAAUGUUUGAAGAUGUCGUGAUCUCUGACAUAUCCGGAAGAUCGCGAUAUCUUUCAUUAUAGGAUUUUGGACAUCUCACUCGAUAUAAAUAAUUGUUGAAGAAAUGAAGGGGUUUGUAGGUGGAAUUUUUUUACAUUUAUGUUAGACCUAUAACCAGAAGCAGUUGCGAUACUGAAUGCAACUAUCGAUCCUGCGAUUCCGUUGCAGUGCUUUAAAGUGGAAGUCAAGUCCGUUUUGCGCAUCGGUUCUGCUCAUAACAAUGUGACGGGAGUCACGGGACCUCUAAUGUAAACAUUGCCCAAAUUUCGAAUGUUUCAAAUUUUUCUAAACAUAAACUCUAUUUCAUAUUCAUUUAGAAGCAUAGCGAACCAAAAUGGUGUUAGAUAUUCAAACAGUACAUCAUAUUUUAAAAAAUACAGCAGUUCAAAAUGUAAACAAACCGUUUGUUUACAUUACGGACUUGACUUCCCCUUUUAACCAACUAAGCUACAGAGAGACCAUGUAUAACCACAAGUUCACGUGUAAAUACUAAGGUGAUGCCAAUGUACAGUAUGGGUAAAUAUCAUAGAAAUAAUAGAUAUCUAUUAUUUCUAUGGUAAAUAUUCAAAUUAAAUUAAUCUCUAAACAAAUACAUUUGUAAUUUCUUUUUAAAUUAAAAAGUAACACGAGAAGGUAAGGAAUUAGGACUAGACAUUAACGCCCCAUUCACAUUGUGAAUUUGUCAAUUUUUAGUCAAGCCAAGCGAAACCUUGCAUGCCGACGUAACUCGGGCUGUCGUUUGUUCCUCUGACUGGAUGAAACAAUUCUACAAGGACAACAGUACAGAACUGCUCCCGUACCGAGCUGGUUCGUUGAUCACAAUUCUUAGAUUGGCUGGCCAUAAACCCAAGACCCUGUUGUCAGAAUUCAAUGACAGACACGGCCUUAACAUUGAAGAAACACUGAAGAAUUUCCUUGAUAGAAAGAACGCCACAGAUGGAAACCUUUCAAGAAUUCCUAAUAGUCUAGCUCAUAUAAUCCAAACGGUGGUAUCACUUUGUCAGGAUCCUGAAAACUUUCACGGAUAUAAUUUAAUACCACCUCUUCUAUCCGGCUUCGCUUUGUUCAAGAAAAUCCGAAGUUUUAACAAUUAUUUCAGGUAUAGCUGGGCUGUCAUUGCUUUGUGCAAUGCUGGCCACCGUGUGCCGGACGAUGUCGUAAGGGAACUUCUCAACGGAGCUUAUCGACAAGUUAGUUAUCAUUCGGGUGAUAUAGACUCGCUGAUUUUGCAAGCUCUCUCGUGUAUUUCCAACAGUUCCAUGCAAAAUGAAGUUAAUCGAGCAUCUGAAAAAAUUGUUGAAAAUUUGAUCACGAAGCAAAAUACAGCAACUGGAGCGUUUGGUAACCAGAUCUCGACAGCACAUGUUAUAAUGGUAUGAUCGUAUUAUUGUUUGCCGGAUCCACUUUGCAUGCAUCCGCAAUCCAGUGGUCCGCUUUUUCCGAAUCCGCGUUUCAAAAGCCCGCUAUGCGUGGACAUUUUAGAAAUGAUAGUUUUCCCAGUUGUAACAGUGCAUCAAGAAAGGAUUGCCCUUACUAGUGCUCUAUGAGAAGAUUUAGAAUUGAAAAAGUUAUUCAAUAUAAACAAAUUUAAAGCAAGAACAUUAAGAGCCAUGCCGAAAGCGUUUCACUUGCUUAAGGAGUACUUUUGGAUUGGAACAAUCCUUCUUGUUUCGAAGUUGGCUGUGUUAAACACAAUUAAAUAAAAAACUAUUGAGUAUUGUGCAUUCAUUUUCUAGGCCUUGCAAGCAGCUCGUAUCCACACAGACAGUUAUCUCUGUGAAAAAGCGAUAAGAAAUAUUCUCACAUAUCAAAAUGACGAAGGUUCAUUUGGAACAAUACUGUCAAAUAUCCGUGUCACUGCCGCGCUUUUAGGGGAGUCUUUAAUCAGUUUAAAAAAGUACACCUGUCCCGUAGGUAAGUACACAAGGAAAGAAUAAAGACCUAUUGUUAACCCGCUAAUAUUGUCAAAUAUAGGUAAACAUUUAGAUUAUAAUGAUUCUUAUUUAUUAUUUUAGAACAUCCAACUGAACCGCCACCGGUAAGAAUGUGAUUAUAUAGUUACUCGAACUCUUCAUUAAACACCAUGGGUUCUGAAGGGAUAAAUGGGAACUCAGAUUUGCCUGUCAGUAGACUGGGGAAAUGGGAUUUGGGUUACUGGAAAUGAAAGACACAAAACGGGAAAACCCAUAUACCAUUAUAAAUGCAGUUGGACAUUUCAGGGUGAAAUGACUGCUAAUAAGUUACAGUACAGUAUAGCUCAACUUUGAAUUCGUAUAACAAAGUCCAAGAAUAUUGAAUUUAACCGCCUUAUGGCUCAAUGAGGUCAUUUCUGCUAGUGUAAGUCAGUCAUAUGCCUUUUUCUCGCCAAAACUAGUUCUAAAGAGGAAUCAUUGUGUUUAAAAAGCAUCGCAUUGAUGAUGAACCAUCUGCUCUGGGAUUUUCUUUCAAUUUCACAGCGGAACUGAGAUUUGAGUAAAAAAAGGCUGGGAGAUGGGGUGUAGAUGUAUAAUGGGUCCGCCCCUAAACAUAUAUACAAAAUUUGCAAACUUUGCAAGAUUAUAUUUUCCAAGCUUUACAACAUUUCGCAACCACAUUUUGCAAUUUUACUAAUUUCAUUAUGUUCUUUUUAGCUGUGGUGUUUGAUUCCCUUCUCUUUACUUAGAUUAAAAUUUAGUCUAACAUGCAAAUUGUCCAUUAUCUUUACUUUAUUUAGGGGAGGCAAAUAAAAAAUAACCAUGCAAUAACUUACUAAUUUUAUAAUGUUGUUAUGAAAUUUUUAAUCCAAAAUGGCGCUUAUGAUCUUGUGAAUCAGAAUGUAUGAUUAAUUAUGUAUGCCAGAAGCAUGUAUCUGUAUAAAAAUAACUCAUUCUCGGGAGUUUCAAGAUGCUAAUCUUGGGUACUUAUUUCAGCCCUGAUAGGUAUUACUCCCCCCCCCCCCCCUGCAUGGCCUCAAUGCUCUGUAUUUUUAUUCUUGUUUCAGAUAAUCACAGUUCACGCACAGCUUGUUUUUAACGUGACCAACAUGAGGAGAACAGAGCCUAUGGUAUCUGUCGAAAUGCCACUAGGGAAAACGGUUUACAAUGUUUUAGAGUUAGCCAAAUUAAAAAAUCCUUGCUAUACCGCUGUAUUCGUCAAAUUGUCGUGGGGCAGAUUGUUUACAAGUAUAUGUGGGGUUAAAAAGCGGACAAUGCUGGGCUACUAUUGGAUGAUCCGCGUCAAUGGUCGGAGACCACGAUAUGGUAUUGAUGAACUCACACCAAAGGAUGGUUAUAUUAUUACAUUUAUAUACGCGAAG